AUGCAGCACGCGCCGGUCCGCGCCGACGUCGGCGAGCGACACUGCCACCGGACUACCGAUGUACUGAUUACUGAUACUUUUGUAAGUAGUUCAAAGAAUACGAACCCAGCUCUAUUUGACGCCAUUGUGCCAAUCGUCGCCAGAGAACUGUUAGAGAACACCUUUGAAGUCAGAGAGAAGACCUUUGAAGAUAGAGAGAAGUCCGCGCCCGCCUCCGCCGCGCCAAUGGUACUCAUCGAGAGAGACACGGCCGCGCUCCCGCGCACCACGACGUCAGCCAUGCACAUCGAUGAACAGCCUGCCAGCACGUCGGCAGCGUCCGCGAACACGGUUGUCCCGCAACGACGACUCGUCACGUCCACGGAAGGGGGACAGGUGCAAGUCCCGCCUGUCAGAGCAAGUACCCGCUCCGUGCGAUCGAUGCGCUCCACAGCAAGUACGACGGCGCGCAUCAGACAAGCCGAGCUCGACGCGGAGAUACAAUUAGCUGAAAUGAAACAGCAGGAACUUCGUCUAGAAGCCAUUAAGGUUAAGGCGAAACUUGAACGGAGCGUCGCAAUGAUAAGGGAAGAAAGCGAAAGAGGAAGCCAAAUCGAUGAACAGGAAAUCGCCGCUGAAACGCACACGGAGGAACAGCAACGCGUCCACGACUGGUUGAUUGAAAUGGAAUACAGCCAGCCGCGGGGGGAGGGACGACGCCCGCCUCAGCACAGUAUGGAGCCUGUUCUAUGCGCGAGAAACGCGCACGCGAGCGAGCGAGAAGGAAGAUGGAAUCGAGAGGCACGAGGGAAAGAGACGGAACUACGCCCGCCUAGCCCUAUUCCUAAUCAACGUACGAGCUUUCAUGCGACGAAUAAAGAAGAGGACACGGUCGAUAGAAUAGCACAAGCGCUAGAAAAGAUCGUGAAUAAACGUCCGGUGCCCCGCCAAGCCCACGAGCUGCCUACGUUCAGCGGCGCCGCGACGGAAUGGCUACCCUUCAAGGCGGCCAUGCGGGAUUCUACGGCGAUGUACAAGUAUUCCGACUACGAGAACCUCGCACGGCUACGGAACUGUCUACGAGGGAAAGCACAGGAGACAGUCGCCGCGCUGCUAUACUCGGCGACUAGCCCCGACGAGAUUAUGCGAACACUGGAGCAAUGUUUUGGAAGACCAGAGAUGUUGAUCGAACGAGCGAUGGAAGAUAUAAAGAAGUUACCUAAGUCCGGUACGUCCGCGGGCGAAUUGAACACCCUCGCGGUCAAGUUGAAGAACAUCGUAUGCGUAUUAGGUGGCGUCGAUGAAAGAGGAUAUCUCAGAAACCCCAUGCUCACACGAGAGGUCAUCGAGAAGCUAAGCCCACAUCUCAAGUCUAGGUGGUAUGACUUCGCCUACGAACACGGAGACCCCUCGGAAGCCGAGAUAGCAACGCUGUCAAGAUUUUUGGAACGUGAGGCCGACCGUGCGAUGCGAUUUUCAUACGCCACAUCACCCCAGUCGCUGAAGGAGACUUUCAACAAUCAAGAAAAGAAGUCGUUUUCACGUGAAAGGCCACGUAAAGACGUGAAAGUCUACGCAACCACUGAAACACCCACCGCACCGACCGUCGAGAGAGAAAAGGAAGCCGUCACAAAACGAUGUCUAUGCUGCGGCGGCAACCACGACGUACCCGAUUGUAAGAAAUACAAGAGGAUGACGGUCAACGAACGAUGGCAGUGGGUGAAAGAAGAAAAGAUAUGCUUCAAGUGCAUCAACGGAAAGCACAGGAGAUUCACAUGUAAAGCAAAGAGGUGCGGAAUAGAAAACUGUCUCUUACCUCACCACAGUACGUUGCAUAUGGACACGUCGCCCGCCGCAGCUACUCAACCGAAGUCACCGCCAGUAAACGAGGAAAAUGUCUUGUCCGCGUCGGCCACUACAAGCGGCCCGGUCAAGGUGUUAUUGAAGGUGUGCCCGGUGGAGAUACGCGUACCGGGAGGACCGUCAUUGAAGAGGUACGCGCUACUAGACGAAGGCGCUACCAUCACGCUCAUGGACGAAGGCCUAGCGAACGACCUCGGCGCCAGAGGACAUGUGAGCCCGCUACACAUACACGGGGCCACAGCGAGUCAAAAGGAGACGCAAAGUCGUGUCGUCAAGAUUGAAGUACGAGGCCAACAUGAAGAGCAGUUUCACGACAUCACCGCUCACACGGUGAAACAACUUACGAUCGGAAGCCAGACGGUGAAAAGGAAGUUCAUCGAAUACGAACACUUGAAGCACCUACCACUCGACGACAUGAGUUACGAAUCGGCGCGCCCGAGCCUACUGAUCGGCGCCGACAACUGGCAUCUGAUUAUCUCGAAGGAAAUCCUCAUCGGCAAACGCUACGAGCCCAUCGCAUCACGCACCGAGCUGGGAUGGACGAUACAUGGCACGGUGCCGCGGAGCUUGUACCGAGGGGAGGAUCAGCUAGUCCUCCACGUACACGCCAAGACGGAAAAAGACGUGAGGAACUUCGCUAAUGAAGAUGAGGAAUUAAACGCGCUCAUCAAAACACACUACGACGUCGACGCCCUAGGAAUUGCCUUGAUAACGAAGCCGAGGAAGGCCGAAGAGAGAGCGAUCGACAUCUUCAAUAAAACCAUCGAACGAGUCAACGGAAGAUAUCAAGUGGGCCUGCCAUGGAGAGACGAGCAAGUAGUCAUGCCGCCCAGCUAUGAGAUGGCUUUCAGGAGACUGCGGACUAUCGAGAGGAAGAUGGAUCAGUCCCCCGAAUUCCAGGCAGCCUACACAAGCCAGAUAGAGAACCUACUCACGAAGGGAUACGCCGCAGUAGCUAACGGAGACGAGAGAGACAACGACAAGUCAUGGUACCUACCUCACUUCGCCGUGACGAACCCUAACAAGCCAGGGAAGGUACGCCUAGUCUUCGACGCAGCCGCCAAGUCGAGAGGAGAGAGCCUGAACGAUCACCUCCUAGAUGGACCCGACUUACUGCGAGCCUUACCGGGAAUUCUCUAUCGCUUCCGGGAAAAAGAGGUCGCCGUCACCGCCGACAUACGUGAGAUGUUUUUACAAGUAAAGAUUCGCCCUGAAGAUCGACCGGCUCAAAUGUUCCUGUGGAGAGGUAACGAACGAAAGAAGCCACCCACGGAAUACGUCAUGUCAUCGAUGAUAUUCGGCGCUCGAAGCUCACCAUUCCUAGCGCACAGUGUGCGCAACCACAACGCACGCGCGCACGCUGAGACACACCCCGUGGCCCUCCGAGCGAUAACAGAGAGCCACUACAUGGACGACUUCGUGGAGAGCUACGCGACCAAGGAGGAAGCAACACGAGCAGUACACGAAGUAACUUACGUACACGAGCAAGCCGGGUUCAUACUAGCCGGCUGGAACUCGAGUAAUGAAGACGUGAUACGAGACAUACCCCCGGACCGCCGCGCGCAGCUACCUAAGGAAAUGGGAACCGCUGGUCAUCAAGGCAAGACUCUAGGUCUAAUAUGGGAGGCCACUAAAGAUGAACUAAUGUUCAACACCGCGCUGCCUAGGGUACCGGAGGAGGUCAAGACGUCAGCACGCCCGCCGACUAAGCGCGAAGCCCUCAGCGCUGUCAUGUCGAUCUUCGACCCACUUGGACUGCUAAGCCAUCUCACCAUAACGGCUAAAAUCCUACUGCAAGACUUAUGGAGACAACAGAGGAUAGGAUGGGAUGACCAAGUGCCGGAAGAAGCCGCCGAGGACUUCACUAAAUGGAUACGAGCGGUCGACAGCGUGCGAGAAGUUAAACUGUCCCGUUGCUAUGCGCCAACGAGGGGAGUACUGGAACGUCAGCUACACGUAUUUAACGACGCGAGCGACAGAGCGUACGCCACGGUAGCGUACUGGCGAAUCAAGUACGAAAACGGAGAGGUCAUCAUCACGCUCGCCGGCGCAAAGGCUAAGGUAGCACCGGUGAAGGCACAGAGCAUACCGCGACUGGAACUGCAAGCCAGCCUCAUAGGCGCACGACUCGCCCACAGUAUACAAGAAGAACAUAGACAGAAGGCUGACAGGAUCGUGCUCUGGUCAGACUCGAAGACCGCUCUCCACUGGAUUCGCAACGACAUCAUCAAGUACACGCCGUACGUAGCUCACCGCGUAGGCGAGAUCGCUAACCUCACGCACGUCGAACAAUGGAGAUGGAUACCGAGCGAGUUAAAUGUAGCCGACGACGCCACACGACCUAACUACGAGGUGCGAGCCGACCAAAGAUGGUUCAUUGGCCCGGCGUUCCUCCGGGAAGAAGAAGAAAGGUGGCCAUCGGAACGCACCGAAGAGGAAAGUGACAACGGACAAGACGAGAUAGUCUGCGCCACGGACAACAGCGAGGGGCCGGCCUACCUACCUGACAUAAGUCGGUUCUCCUCUUACGAGAGACUCGUCCGUGCGACAGCCUACGUCUUACUAGCCGUCGAUAAAAUGAAGAAACGAACGCGAACACUGAAACUCGCCCAUAUCACAAAGGCAGAAGAGCUAUGGUAUAAGAAAAUGCAAGAGGACUCGUACUCCGACGAAAUAGAACGACUGAAAAAGGACUUGAAGUUACGUCCGAACAGCGCGCUGCGUAAGCUCGACCCACGGAUAGACAACAGAGGCUUACUUACACUACACGGUCGCGUGGGCGUGGCGAGAAUAAGCGAGCAGUCAAAAAACCCGCUAAUAAUGGACGGCCGCCACGCUUUCACCCGGCUACUCGUCGCGCACGCACACAAGGCGGCGAACCACGCCAACCGAGAGCAAGUUGUCAACGACCUGAAACAGAAGUUCUAUAUCACACGUAUACGACCUACAGUACGAGCCGUGGAGCAUUCAUGUCAACUCUGCAAAGUGAAGAAAGCCAGACCGAGACCGCAAGUUCACGGAGACCUGCCCUACGAAAGACUCGCAGCGCACGCGAGGCCAUUUAGCUACACGGGCCUCGACUUUUUCGGCCCUAUGUACGUGACGGUCGGGCGACAUAAGGAAAAGCGCUGGGGCGCCCUGUUUACGUGUCUCACUACGCGAGCGGUCCAUAUAGAGAUCUCACCGUCGCUAUCUACGGAUUCCGCUAUUAUGUGCCUACGGCGGAUGGCGGCGCGGCGGGGGUGGCCAUGUAAUGGGACGAACUUUCAUGGCGCGGACGAAGAGCUGCGAGCAGCGCAGCGAGAGUGGGGUCCACAACUCAAGGACUUCGCUCUACUACAACGAACGAACUGGAAAUACAUCGCACCCGGGGCACCGAAUCAAGGUGGAGCAUGGGAGCGGCUAAUACGCUCGGUUAAGACAGCGUUAGUCGCCACACUACACGAGCGCUACCCCAGGGACGAAGUACUCGCCACAUUACUCACGGAGGCAGAGUACACGGUCAACGCACGCCCUCUCACUCACGUGCCAGUUGAACCAGGAGACAUGGAGGCGCUAACACCGAAUCACUUCCUACUGGGGACCUCCGGCGGCCUACCCACUACCGGGCCGUGCAGGGAGGUAGACAGGAGGACCUGGAGAGCCACGCAGGCGCUGGCUGACGUGUUUUGGCGUCGAUGGCUAACGGAGUACCUACCUACACUCAUACCACGUGGAGGCACACGGAGCGGGCGCGGAGCGGACCUGAAAGUUGGUGACGUCGUGAUUAUCACUGAUCCAGUACUGCCGAGGAACAUCUGGCCACGAGGUGAAGUAAUCCGACUGCAUCAAGGACCCGACGGACUGACCAGAGUCGCUGACGUACGAACGAGAGGAGGGAUAUUCCGCCGACCUCUACGACGUCUCGCCGUCCUCCCGGUGAAAGAGGGCUGCGAAGAUCUACGCCGAGGGGAGGAUGUUACGGACAGCCGAGAAGAGGAGGUCGCGGGCUAA